GUAGCCUACACUACAUCUGGAAUCUUGUGGCAGUGUGUAUUUGCAACGGCAAAAUUAUUAAUCGAAACAGUUGAAACGAGACUCAGUCACGUUGUGCACAAGUAGACUACAGCACCACUUGAGUGUUUUAAGGCUAUGUCCAAUGCCACAGCAUGGGUCGAUUAACGAACUAGAACGCGCAAAAGAAGAGGAUGUAAAAACUAAAGCUUUUUUGUCGAUAAGUCUGGAGAGGGACAGUCGCAUGCUGUUGUACUGGCAUGCUCUAAAGCAGGAUAGUCAAGUGUAAGCCGGUGGAGAUUGCAACUUGAACAUCUGGUGAAUGUCGUCGUUGCGUGCAUGAGAGAGAGACGGAUGAGUUUUUCUAAGUGCCACAUAUUCGUCGGAAACAACAUAGGAUCAAACUGGACACCACAAACUCAGUUGGCGGCGACCUAAGAUUAUCCAAUCUAUUGUCUAUCAAAUGAGAAAAUAUGCACUACUUGACAUCUCACGUGCUUGAGAGACGGUCACUGGACACAACUGUGUGGCGGAUUUAAAAGGAGCAAGAGUUUUUACCUGGUUGCCUACAUAGAAGUUGUUAAUCGGUAGGCGGCGCACAUGCUUACCUUGCUGCACUUCCUCAGUCUAUGUAAAACAAAACUAAUACCGGAGGGGGCAGGGUCAUUAGUUGUGUGUGCGGUGGACAUAAUACCCGACGGCUUGCUGAAUCACACAAACUCUUCCGCAUCGACAAAACUUUGAGGACGGCGGUUCCUUUGCCGUUGAUUUCUUAUGUUCAGAUGGACUGUGCAGAUGUUUAUGGAGGGGCGACGAAUAUGAACAGCUCUCAAUUGUACAGGACUGCGCAUAGAGAGAGAAAAUAAUACCCCCAGAUGUUCAAUUUUCACCUCUCCAUUUCUACCUUUUGACGGAGUUAAGUGAAGUGGGCUAGUGUUGUCCAUUAUAUUUCAGUUAUCGUCGGGACCAUAUGCUGUACAUGACUUUAGGGUCUUGAACGUAUUGUGACUUUUGCGAGUUCACGAAGAAUAUCCAACUUUCAUUGAGCAGGAAGAUGCGGCUGAGCAGACAAUUUACUGUUUUUGGCAGUGCCAUAUUUUUUGUCGUUAUUAUCUCACUAUACUUAAUGCUGGAUCAUCUACAAUUAGAUCAUACCAAAAAUCCAAGCAGUGGAAUGGACCGGUCACAAAAUGGGCAGCUGUCUGUCCUGCAGGACAAAAUCGAUCACCUGGAAAGACUGCUUGCUGAGAACAACGAGAUUAUCACCAACAUCAGGGACUCUAUUAUCAAAAUCACAGACUCAGUGAAGGAUGGGCGAAGGGCAGUGGACUCGGGCAACUUCAGCCAGGGGCCUGCAGAGAUGCUCCCGUCACCUCCACUGGUCAUCCCCAUCGACCCUGAAGACUGUCAGUUCUCAACAAGGCCUUACUCCAAAUCUGCUGAUGGAGUGCAGAUGUUGGAUGUGUAUGAUCUACUGGCCUUCGACAACCCUGAUGGGGGCGUGUGGAAACAAGGCUUUGAAAUCACCUAUGACGAGCACGAGUGGGACAAGGAACCUCUGCAGGUGUUUGUGGUGCCACACUCGCACAAUGACCCAGGCUGGUUGAAGACCUUUGAUGAUUACUAUCGCGACCAGACACAGCACAUCCUCAACAACAUGGUGGUGAAGCUCCAUGAGGAUGUCCGCAGGAAGAUCAUCUGGUCAGAGAUCUCCUACUUUUCCAAGUGGUGGGACAACAUCGACGACCAGAAACGGGGACGCUGUGAAAAAAGUGCGUUGAUUGAGAGCGGCCAACUGGAGAUUGCCACCGGGGGCUGGGUGAUGCCCGACGAGGCCAACUCCCACUAUUUUGCCCUGAUCGACCAGCUCCUGGAGGGACAUCAGUGGCUGGAGAGGCAUUUGGGUGUGAAGCCCAAGACGGGCUGGGCCGUAGACCCGUUCGGCCACUCUCCCACCCAGGCCUACCUGCUGAAGCAGGCAGGGUUCUCCAACAUGCUGAUCCAGAGGGUCCACUACUCGGUCAAGAAACACUUUGCCAGCCACAAAACGCUGGAGUUCUUCUGGAGGCAAAAUUGGGACCACGAUGCCAGCACCGAUAUCCUGUGCCACAUGAUGCCCUUUUACAGCUAUGAUGUGCCCCACACCUGCGGCCCCGACCCUAAGACCUGCUGCCAGUUCGACUUCAAGAGGCUCCCGGGUGGCCGUGUCAGCUGCCCCUGGAGAGUCCCUCCCCAGGCCAUCACUGACCACAACGUCCAGGACAGAGCCCGAAUGUUGCUGGAUCAGUAUCGAAAGAAGUCCAAGCUAUUCCGGUCCAAGGUGGUUCUGGCUCCUUUGGGGGAUGACUUCCGUUAUACAGAGGCACUGGAGUGGGACCAGCAGUACCAGAACUACCAGAAGCUCUUUGACUACAUGAACUCUCACCCUGAACUUCAUGUCAAGGCCCAGUUUGGGACCAUCUCCGACUACUUUGAGGCUCUGCGGAAAGCGACGGGCGACGGCGUGGGCUCCCUGACGCUUCCAACGGUUAGCGGCGACUUCUUCACCUACGCGGAUCGUGACGACCACUACUGGAGUGGCUACUUCACCUCACGGCCCUUCUACAAGCGUCUGGACCGCAUACUAGAGUCUCACCUCAGGGCUGCUGAGAUACUCUACUCCUUGGCUCUGGCCAACAUGAGGAAGGUUGGCAAGUCCAACGACUUCCCCGCCGUGGAGAGCUAUAAGCUUCUGACAGGCGCCAGGCGCAACCUCGCCCUCUUCCAGCACCACGACGCCAUCACAGGCACAGCUAAGGACUGGGUGGUGGUAGACUACGGCACCAGGCUGUUCCACUCCAUCCUGAACCUGAAACGGGUCAUUGUAAGCUCAGCCCACUGGCUCUCUCUGAAGGACAAGCAGAUGUUUAAUCACGACCCGUCCAAUCUCUUUCUGCAAAUGGAUGACGUCCAGCCAGCUCAAGAUGCUCUGCCCCGCAAGACGGUUUUAAAAAUAGGCCCAAACCCACGGUCCCUGGUCAUCUACAAUUCAGGGGACCAGGCGCGGUCGUCCAUGGUGACCGUUUACACGAAUACCCCCCACGUGCGAGUUCUCAAUGCUUACGGUCAGGUGGUUAGGACACAGGUCAGCGCCGUGUGGGAGGACACCACCAGAGUGUCCAAAGAUGCCUACCAGUUGUCUUUUGUAGCUCAAGUUCCCACUCUGGGUCUGGGCGUCUACCAGCUCUGUGAAAGGGCGGAGGUACAGACUGAACCCGCCCGGUACCUCGUCCUGCAGCAAGGCAACGACCUAUCAAUCAAGGGCGGCGAGUCCUUCCAAGUGGCCACGUCCCAGGGCCAGACGGAGCCCAUCAUCCUGGAGAACAACCACCUGCAGCUGACCAUCUCCCCCAUCACCGGCCUGCUUGAGAAACUGAAGCUGAAGGAGGACGGCGUGGAGCGACAGAUGAAAGUGGAGUUUGUCUGGUAUGGCACCACCAGCAGGAAAGAUAAGAGUGGCGCCUACCUCUUCCUGCCCGACGGGGACGCCAAGCCCUACACUUCAUCCAAGCCGCCAGUGAUCAGAGUCAACAGGGGCUCCGUGUUCUCCGAAGUCACCACUUCCCUAACUCACAUCACACACACGGUGCGCCUCUACCACAUCAACGGUUUGGAGGGCCAGUCGGCAGAGAUCUGUAACUCGGUGGAUAUAAGGGGGGAGUUCAACCGUGAAAUUGCAAUGAGGAUAAAAUCAGACCUGAACAGCAAGGAUCGAUUCUUUACAGAUCUCAAUGGGUUCCAGAUCCAGCCCAGGCGGACGAUGUCCAAGCUGCCUCUGCAGGCAAACUUCUACCCCAUGACCAGCAUGGCCUACCUGCAGGACCCCAGCCUCCGGCUCAGCCUGCUCACCGCCCAGUCCCUGGGGGUCAGCAGCCUGCAUAGCGGCCAUCUGGAGGUGAUUCUGGACCGGCGGCUCAACCAGGACGACAACCGAGGCCUUGGUCAGGGUGUCCUGGACAACAAGGUCACCGCCAACGCCUUCCGCCUGCUGCUGGAAAAGAGGAGCUUCGCCGAAGAGCCACAGGGAGAGGGCAACACUCCCAAUAGCUUCCCUUCUCUGGUGGGGCACAUGUCGUACAUGCACCUCAACCACCCGCUCAUCCCAAUGGCCACGGGCCUGGACACGGCUGAGGUCCCCCUGACCCCCUACGCACCUCUGGAGUCCUCGCUGCCCUGCGACGUCCACCUGGUCAACCUUCGCACCAUCCAGUCCAAGGAUGAGGGUGGAGGUCCAUCCGAGGAGGCUGCUUUAAUUCUGCACAGAAAAGGCUUUGACUGCUCCUUCUCCAGCAGAAACACUGGCCUUCUGUGUUCGACCACAUGUGGCAAGAUCGCUGUGGACAAGCUGUUUGGUGAGCUGACGGUGCGGCGGCUGACGCCGGCGUCUCUGUCCCUGUUGCACAGCCCCGAGAGUGACCAGAGCUUGCACCAAAUCACAAUCAAGCCCAUGGAGAUCAGCACACACCGACUACAGCUCAGCUGAGUCUCUUGGACCUCCCCUGACCACCAGUC